GGGGCAUCUACACUUAUGGUUUUGAGAAGCCUUCAGCUAUUCAGCAGAGAGCUAUUAUUCCUUGUAUUAAAGAUCCAAAAGGUAAUUCUGGCACUUGGAGACUAUAUGGGAGCAACUUGUCAUGCUUGCAUUGGUGGAACAAAUGUUCGAACUGAAAUGCAAAAACUUCAGGCUGAAGCACCACAUAUUGUAGUUGGUAUACCAGGGAGAGUGUUUGAUAUGUUAAAUAGAAGAUACCUUUCUCCAAAAUGGAUCAAAAUGUUUGUUUUGGAUGAAGCAGAUGAAAUGUUGAGCCGAGGAUUUAAAGAUCAAAUCUAUGAGAUUUUCCAAAAAUUAAAUACAAGUAUUCAGGUUGUGUUACUUUCUGCCACAAUGCCAACUGAUGUGUUGGAAGUGACCAAAAAAUUCAUGAGAGAUCCAAUUCGAAUUCUAGUGAAAAUGGAAGAAGUGACCCUUGAAGAUCAGUUUUAUAUUAAUGUUGAAAGAAAGGAAUGGAAGUUGGAUAUACUUUGUGACUUGUAUGAGACUCUGACCAUUACACAGGCUGUUACAUUUCUCAAUACAAGGCGCAAGGUGGACUGGCUCACUGAGAAAAUGCACGCCAGAGACUUCAUAGUGUCUGUUCUGCAUGGUGACAUGGACCAGAAGGAAAGAGAUGUUAUCAUGAGGGAAUUCCGAUCAGGGUCAAGCCAUGUUCUAAUCACUACUGACUUAUUGACUCACGGGAUUAAUGUGCAACAAGUGUCUUUGGUUAUAAACUAUGACCUACCUAUCAAUCAUGAAAACUACAUUCACAGAAUUGGCAGAGGAGGUCGAUUUGGAAGGAAAGGUGUGGCUAUAAACUUUGUUACUGAAGAAGACAGGAGGAUUCUUCAUGACAUUGAGACUUUCUACAAUACUACAGUGGAGGAAAUUCCCAUGAGUGUCGUUGACCUUAUUUAA